AUAAAGGCAACGGGCAUUCUACGACGCAGUACUCGAUCGCUGAAUUUCACAAGAUCUGGACGUAAAGUUUGUUCGUACAAAAUAUACAAUUAUCUACUUCUUUUUAUUUAUUGAUACGUGCUUCAACGAGUUGAUUUUCAAUUAUAAACCUCGUGUUUUUAAGCAGUUUUUUUUCUUUAAUAAACUAAACCAGAACCGACCUGAAGUGAAUUAAAAACGAAAAAAGUAAUUAAAAGAAUUGUGAAAAUGGCCGGAACGGUAAGCUUCAAAGUUUACUUGUCAACGGAAGAAGAAUCUUCUAAGGAAGUUCGUCGUUUCGGUAUUGAACCCGAUGCUGUCACGAAUUUUCUUUAUCUCCGUGAAAAAUUGCAAACCCUUUUUCCUUCACUGAGAGGCAAACACUUCACUGUCUCUUGGAAAGAUGCUGAUGACGAUGAUGUUGUAAUUUCAAGUGACGAAGAGUUGCAAAUUGCUCUAGAGGAGACAGCCUCAUCUAACAUCCGUAAAUUGUAUGUGCUUUUGCACUCGGAAUAUCCGACUUGCAGAAACAGUGCUACUGAGACAGCAGAGUCUGGGCCAAUUCAUGACGGCAUUAUUUGUGACGGCUGUGACAAGCAGAUAAGAGGUUUUCGCUACAAAUGUGUCCAAUGUCCGGAUUACGACUUGUGCGUAGAGUGCGAAACUCGUGGGAUGCAUCCAGAACAUUGUAUGAUUCGCUUGUCCGAGCCGUUGCUGUGGAAACCACACUAUGGAAGACGUUUGGCCACGCAAGUCAACAGAUUUGUGAAAAAGGCGCAAUCGUACACCGCCAAAGACGAUGAGACCAAACAAUGCCCAUUCAAGGGUGGAAAUCGAAGUGGGAAACGUUGCUGCAGUCAAGAGACACCAUCUUGGAUGCCUAAAUUCAUGACUUAUUUGGACGAAUUGGCUAAUCUUCCUGGUGAUUGUCCCUUCAAAGAAACCUCUAACGAAGCGACUGGAGAAGUUCCAACCGCUGCAUCUGCUGGUACCAAAGCGUCGGCUCCACCACAUGAGACCAAGGACAAACGUGGCUCUGAGAAAGUUCGACUCCUCAGCGAAAUGGGCAUGACCCUGGGUGAAAAUAUUCUUUCUCAACUCAACCCCCUCUUCAUGAACCUACCUAAAUAUUGCGAUCCAGCCUGCAUGGCUGACCCGGAUGCUGCAAGCAGCGCAGCCAACAGGGAACAAGAAGUACCUCAGAAUUCGAAGGAAUCCACUCCUACCCCUAAAUUUCCUGGAGAAGGCAAGAAACUCAGGGAAUCUAAAGGUGAUGAGGCAGCCACACCGUUAUCCAACCAGGAACUUCCUGCUGAUACACCCAAACGGGUUUCUUUUGAAAGCGAAGGAUGGACUUUGCUCAAUCAAAUUGACAGUCCAACUCCCAGCAUGACAUCUCCAGCUGCAUCAUCCACAGGCACUAUACCCAAACAAGUACAGUCAUCAGCUCCAACCGAAACGCCAAACGCUUCCAUUUAUCCUAAAUUGCCGGAAGCUCCACCAGAGAAACCCAUGGAAGAAGCUCCAGUUAUUUAUCACCCUAAUCCAACUAUCCAAAAAGCAGUAGAAAGCAUGAUUCAGAUGGGGUUUUCCAAUGAAGGAGAAUGGUUGACAAACCUCUUAGUUUCCAAGAGUGGAGACAUUGCCGCUGCUCUCGAUGCACUUUCACCUGUACCACGCUAAACAAUCAAUCCAAUUGCGAUUUAUGUUCAGCGGCAAUUUCUGGUUCUUAGUUCUAGAAGUGAACAUUCCAUUGUUGUGGAAAGUAAUGACUGUAUCUUAACACUAUCCUUGUAUUCUUCGUGGUGGCAGUUUCCAAUUUUGUGGCCAAAUAAAGUAGCACAUGAAUAUGUUA